AAAUUCAUUACGACGAUUGUUGCUGCUUCUUUGCUGAGAUACGUUCACUAGUCUGUACCUGUAUUUCUGCUGCGCGCUCACCACCUUGUAAUACUGCUCAACCAAAUUUUGCGUCAUACAUAUUUCAUUACUACUAGUGCCAAAUAUCAGAUAAUUCAAAUAUCAUUAUCCAAGUCCUCCAUAUAUUGAAAAUGGUGCGUCAGAUAAAUAACUCUAAAGUAUAUACCAGCAAUGAUUCCUCCUCCUCUUCAUUGUCGUCGUCAUCAUCAUCUCUAAAGAAACUGCUCAUUGCAAUGUUUCAAAUCCUUCUAGUACUCUUUCUCAUCACACAACACGAAGAAGUGAAAGGACAAAUCUUUCCUCUGGUUGCCGAAUCAUCAAUUUAUAAGAAUGCCAUUAUUAUGCCUCCUCCUACAUCAAAGUUUGAACCUAAAUUUGCUUUACAAUGGGAAGAAAUAACAAGUGCUUCAACAAUUUCCACCAAUUAUUUAAAUUUCCACUCCCAGUGUGCUCUAGGUACUGAUAAAAUUGUAAAAACAUCAGAUAUUGACAAUAUCAAUAAUAAUUUAAAUAAUGGGUUAAAGGUAAUCAAAUGGAAAUUAACAGUUGGUGUGGGUAGCAAUUUUCAUAAUGCAUUGUUCGGAUUUUCUGAUGGUUCUGCAAAUGGUUGGACUAAAAUGAAGAAUGUCAUGUCAAACAAUGCUGCCUAUUCCUCUACAGUUAAUGGUAAAUGGAGUACUAGCAGUUCAACUACCAGUUUCAAGACAAAUUUCUAUUCCUCUCUUGUUUAUCCACCACAGGUUUAUAGAUUUGAUAAGGGAGAAGUUAAUACUAGACCAAAUUUACAAGGAUAUGCUUCAAUGUCAUCACUCAACAUGACUUUCUAUGACAUGUUCUCAGGAUCAAAACUCUUGUAUAACAAUCAAGCUUUCCUAUCUAGUAAUAGUAAGAAUGCGUUGCCAUUAGUAAUUUCGGGAGAUCUUAUUGAUGCUAUGUAUAAUUCUGAUCCAAGUAAUGCGACCAUUGCUAAAAUAGCUUCUAUUCGUGAAGGUUUUAGAAAUGAAGAUGACCUUUCCUAUCUAUAUGGACCUGAUGGUACUAGUUCUAUUGGUGGUUUUUUAAGAAGUCGUUCUCAAUCUAAUUGGACAGAUAUGUCUUCUACACCUUCUGAUUUUGUUGUUCUAUCCAGUUAUGAGAAUUAUGUUUAUGGUACUGACUUUUAUUUCACAACCACUAAUUGCUUUAAUGAUUUGGUCAAUAGCAAUUCAACAAGUGGAAAUGAAUUAUACUUUUUCGUUUCCCUUUUCAAUUAUUACACACUUCUUAGUAGCAAGUUUAGUUCUAGAAUUGACAAUUCCUACAAUAACAAUGUCUUGAAGAUGUUCCUUGCUUUUAACAUGACACAAUUAUUGACUACUCCAAAUGGAAACAAAAUGUUUCCAACCAUGAUGCAAAGUUCAUCAUCUGCUACUACUCCUUCAUUCAAGGAUUCUACAGCAAGAUAUUUCAUUUCAGAAUUCCAUUACAAUACUCUUACUACUUAUCAACAAUUGAGAUAUUUGAGAACUACUCACGUUUUCUUCUAUGGUUUGAUUAUUAUGACCAUUCUCUUCAUGUUUAGAAAGCAACAACCUGUCAAGUCCAGAUUUAUGAUCAACGCUUCUGUAUGUGGUGUUGCUAUUUUCUAUGGUCUCUUUGGUAUUAUCAUGGCUGCUGCAGUUCCAGAUUAUGACGGUAUUGUAAGUGCUGCUGAAGUUUUAUUCUACUUGGUCUUGGGUUUCUUAUACGUCUUGUCUGCUGUUAGAUAUUUCUUCUCCAGAAAUUUGUAUAGAACUAUGAGAAUUAACUUCUCAAAGGAAAAGAAAAAGAAGGAAAAGAAAGAUUCUGAUACUUUUGAAGAAAAGCAAUUGAAAUUGCUUAGAUUGUUGGCUAAUUUGGCUUCAUGGAAAGUUUUCCUUGUUGGUGUUAUUGCAGUAGUAGUUUUAAUUGCUGGUCUUUCCAUUUUCAUUUUGGUUUCUAUUUUGACUGGUGCUGCUGAUAAUUUCACUGUUUCAAUUUCACAAGUCGCUACCUAUGUCAAGUUGGCUGGUUUGUUGGGCUUGGUCUUUCCUACUGCUAUUAUUUCUAUCAUUCUUGAUGCUAGUAUCAAUUUUAAGAGAAUCUUCAGAAAGGGUGGUCUUAAAUGGUAUCUCAUUCAAGAUGACCCUCUCUUAUUUAGAGCCGAAUUUGCUGUCUUUAUACCAACUGUUUGUUUGGGUGUUUUACUCUUUGGAUUGGAUCAAUUUUACAAUGGUUUACCUUGGUGGGAUUUGGAGCAAAAAGCUGCCACUUAUCUUGGUCACGGUUUAGUCUAUACUGUAUUUGAAGUUUCACUUCUCUUGUUAGGUUGUGGUGGUUUCAUUGUCAUUGUCCAAACAAUUCAAACAGUUCGUAUCGCCAUCCGUAGAGGUUCACUUUUUGAUAAGUCUGAUACCGAUGUCAGUAAAUCCAAAUCAGGAGGAUUAGGUCUUGGUGAGAAGACUGAAUUUGAACUCUUUAUGGAAAGUGUUGAAGCAAGAGCCGUCUUGAAACAAUAUUGUGAAAGCGAAUUUUCAUUGGAAAAUUACUUGCUUUUCGAAUUGGUAGAAGAUUUGCACAAACUUGUGCUCAUUGAACAGACUCAAGGUGUUUUACAGGAACCUGUCGCCAAACCAAAACCAAAGCAAUUAUUAACUGUUCAACAUUCAAAUUCUUUCAGAAUGAGUGGUGAUUUCAAUGGGGCAUCUCCUUCUGGUCUUCAACCUAACACUACCACAAAUAGUGGAGCUCCAACAACUAUUACCCCAAAUGGAUUGUUAAAUCCAGCUGAUAACACUUCAAUGACUACAUCAUUUACUUCAUCUGGUUCAGAGGUUGUCUUUUUGAAUAAUGAAGAUCCAACUUCACCAACCAGUCCAUCGACAAUUUCAGAGCCAUACUCUCCUUCUAAAUUAUCAACAAACGGACCAAACAAGGAAAAGGAUAAGAAUAAGGGACCAGGUGAUGUAACCCUCCAAAUUGAUAGAAUGAUUGUCAAGAUUUUAAAGACAUACUUGAGUGAAAACUCUGUUUUGGAAGUCAACUUACCAAACACAACUCGUAAACAAGUUUUACAUGCCUUCCGUAAACGUGUCUAUCCAGAUGACAUGUCUAAGACAGGAAGUGCUUCUGGCUCAAAGAAUUUUGAUAAAUCACCAAGAUCUCAAAGACCAGAUACAGACAAGAAACCAGAAUCAAUUGACGUUGAAAUUUUGGCAAUUUUGAAACAAGAUGUAUGGUUGAAUUUGAAAGAUACUUUUGGUAGAUUGCAAUUGACAAACGAAUAUCAAUUGUUAAAGAAGAAACAAGCUUUGGAAAAGGAAUUGAACGUUGUAUAAUUUUUUGCAAAUUUCAUAAAGUUUCAUUUUGUU